UUCACCGGGGACUCCACCCCUCCUGCAGACGAAGGCAUGGCGAGCACAGAGGAGAGAAGGGAGUGUGAGACGGAAGGCUGCAACAAGGACGCCAAACUUCAGUGUCCCACAUGUAUCAAGCUUGGGAUUCAAGGGUCCUAUUUCUGUUCACAGGAAUGUUUCAAAGGCAGCUGGGUGUCUCACAAGUUGCUGCACAAAAAAGCAAAGGACGACAAGAACCAAAAUGCAACUAAGAACUGUGUGGAGAAAGACAUCAGCACCGACCCAUGGCCCGGCUACCGUUACACGGGAAAACUUCGUCCUCACUACCCACUUACACCUUUGCGGCCUGUACCCAGUGACAUCCAAAGACCCGACUAUGCAGAUCAUCCCAGAGGGAUGUCUGAAUCCGAGCAGUUUCUGAAAGGAACAUCGCAAAUCAAGAUCCUCUCUCCCGACGACAUCGAAAGCAUGAGAGUGGUGUGCAAGCUGGCGAGGGAAGUCCUUGACAUUGCGGCUCUCAUGGUGAAAGUGGGUGUUACGACAGAAGAAAUCGACCACGCGGUACAUCUGGCUUGCACGGCAAGGAACUGCUACCCUUCUCCUCUAAACUACUACAACUUUCCCAAAUCCUGCUGCACGUCUGUCAAUGAAGUUAUCUGCCAUGGAAUCCCGGACAGGAGACCGCUACAAGAUGGAGAUAUCCUUAAUGUGGACAUCACGGUCUACCACAACGGAUUCCACGGCGACCUCAACGAGACCUUCUAUGUCGGAGACGUGGACGAAGGAUCAAAGAAACUGGUUCACACUACAUACGAAUGCCUUAUGCAAGCUAUUGAUUCUGUGAAGCCCGGCGUCCGCUACAGAGAGCUUGGUAACAUCAUCCAGAAGCACGCCCAGGCCAGCGGGUUCUCGGUGGUGCGGAGCUACUGCGGCCACGGCAUCCACAGGCUUUUUCACACAGCGCCCAACGUGCCACAUUAUGCCAAAAACAAAGCCGUCGGUGUGAUGAAACCGGGUCACGUGUUCACCAUCGAACCAAUGAUUUGUGAAGGUGGCUGGCAGGAUGACACGUGGCCCGACGGCUGGACGGCGGUGACCAGAGACGGGAAGCGCUCAGCCCAGUUUGAACACACGCUGCUGGUGACGGACACGGGCUGCGAGAUCCUCACCCGCCGCCUGGAGGACAACGGUCAAGCUCAUUUUCUGAGCCAAGUGUAAGGCCGCUACUGGACCACGAGGAGGACUGGAUUUGGUAGACCCGGUGACAUCCAGCACGUCUGUCUCGUACGUGCGUCGUCACGACAACGAUACCGUGUGUGUGUGUGUGUGUCGCUGUGGCUCUUCUUUCAAUUAAAUAUCAGUCCUCAAAUUCAAUGGAAGUACUUGAAUGUGUCAAAUGUGCAUUAGUCUAAUAGUGGAAAAAUGUUUUUUUCUCUGAAGUAAAUAUUAAAAUAUUUCUAAAACAACUA